AUGCCCCAAACACAUUCGACUGCUAUCAAUUCCUAUAAUUCAAACCAUUCUCUGUAUGAUCAACUUCGACCUUCGUUUUCACCAAAAAUUGUCGAUCAAUUUUUAGUGGAUUUAGGAUUAGGAUCAAUUAAAGACAACAAAAUUGUAUAUGACAACAAAAAAAAAAUCUUAGAACUUGCUGCAGGUACAGGUAAAUUUACAAGAAACUUAGUUGAUCAUGGAUGGAGCGAUCAGUUAAUUGUUGUUGAACCUUCUGAAGGGAUGUUGAAGACAUUUGAUAAAAAAUUUCCAGAAAUUAGAAAGUUUCAAGGGUCUUCAUAUGAUAUUCCGUUACCAGAUUCGUCGGUGGAUUCUGUGAUUAUAGCACAAGGAUUCCAUUGGUUUAGUGACGAGAGUUCUCUCAUAGAGAUAAAUCGAGUUUUAAAACUGACUGGUACUCUUGGGUGUAUUUGGAACUUUGAUGCUCCGUCUAUUAGUCAGAAUUUGCAUCAUCCAUUACCUGAAACCAAAAUUCUUUAUGAUAAUAUUGCUCCUGAAGUAGAGUCCAAGCUUAGUGUUUCCAAUUCGAAUAAUGUUAGCCUAAAGAUUAAAGAAUUCUUCGCUUUACAUCCUUGGUGUGUUGAGGUUAGUGAGUACAUCUAUUCAUUUGAUAUAAAAGUACCUCAGUACCGUCAUGGGAAGUGGAAAGAACUAUUAUGCAAGGAAAAUAAAUACUUCAGUCCAAUACUGAAAGAAAUUUUCUUGUUAUACAUUUCUCGUGUCAAGCCUGAAGAUGUAUAUAAGUAUUGGGAAACCAGAUCCUUUAUUACAGAUCUAAAUGCCGAUGAAAGAUUAGAGAUUCAAAAGAAGGUUGAAUCAUUAGUUAGAAAUGUAGUUACAGAAAAUGAUAAAACAAAACUCAACGGUGACAACUACCUCGAGAAAUCUAUGGGGACGCAUUCAAUUGUUACUAAAGUAAUUAAAUAA